AUGUUGUGGGCGAUUUUCUUCGCGACAGCCUCGGCGGCACUCACGAUUUACUUGAUUACCAAAGUUGAGUACAAGUAUUCUGAACUACAGUACCCUGGCCACCUCGGCGGCACUGACGAUUUACUUGAUGUCAAUCACCUCAUAAAGUCAAAGCCGGACGCGCCUCGAGUUCACCUCGUCGAAGCCUGGGGACAGAGAUGGAAACGCUUGCGAACGAUUGUGAGCCCGCAAUUCUCGAAUAACUCACUCAAAAGGAUCCUGCCGACCAUCAACGACUCAUCGCGUCACCUCGUCGCACAUCUUGGAAAAAAUUUGAACAAAAACGAGCACAUCAACAUUCAUCGUUAUUAUCAAGAGUACACGAUGGAUGUGAUCGCUCGUGUGGCGAUGGGAGUCAAAGAGAGCCGACAAUGGGACAGCGAAUACCCGGAGAUUUUGAGAGGGAUUUUCGAUCGAAACCCCCGCGAGCCAUUUUUCUUGCUCGCCUGUAUGAUGCCGUUCUUGAAACCGAUCUUGGCUCCAUCUUUCAAAUGGUUAGCGAAAGUGUUGCGACUGCCGGCGAGUCGACUUUUUGAGCAAAUCGAGAGCGCCGUUGAGGAGAGGAAAACAUUGAGGGACCAAGGAAUCGUGACAAACGACGACUUCAUCGAUCUCUUUUUGGAUGCCGAAGCGCAAAUCGAUCACAAAACGGAGGGAGCUUUAGACCGGAAAGACGUUCAUGUGAACCGAAAGCUGACGACGGACGAGGUGAUCGCUCAAUGCUUUGUCUUUCUGGUUGCCGGCUUUGACACAACGGCCAACACACUGGCCUACGUUUCGCACUUUUUGACGAAAAAUAAAGAUGUGCAGGGCCGAGUGCGAGAGGAAAUCGAUCAGAUUUGUACGACCGAGGAGAUCACCUACGAGCAGCUCAACGAGCUCAAGUACAUGGAUUGCGUGACAAAAGAGGGACUCCGACUCCAUCCACUCGCAACAAUCGCUGUUUCCCGGGUGGCCGAAAGGGAUUGCGAGUUCGCCGGUGUCCAAAUCGACAAGGGAACGAUUAUUCAGGUCGACGCCUACAGCCUACAAAAAUCGAAAGAGAUCUGGGGCGAGGAUGCCGAGGAUUUCGUCCCGGAAAGAUGGAUGAACGCCACGAAAGAGCAACACCAAGCCUAUUUGCCUUUCGGUGGAGGGCCAAGGAUGUGCGUUGGCAGCCGCCUCGCGUACACCGAAGAAAAGAUGGCGUUGGCGCAACUUUUGAGGAAAUACGAGCUGGUGGACGCGGAAAAGCCACAGGAAACCCUCGAUCUCCGCGGUGCAAUCACGAUCUCUCCCCUUUCGGUCGACGUCCGAAUUCGGUCGAGACCGAAUUCAAAU